AAAUGCCACAUAAACUUAUCAAAAACACCAAAAUCAUCAUUUUCAUUGAAGAGGGUCUUUAAAUGCUCUUUAUGCACCGAAACUCCACUUUCUGUUUUCAAGGAAACGCCUCCGGAACCCGCGCAUGCGCUCUCUGCUUCCGCCCAGCCACAUUUGCGGGUUUCAUUUGAACCCGCAGGAUGUUCACGGGGGUUUUCGCGGUUCUUUCCACGGUCCGCGGUGCUCAGUGAAGCUGUGAGCGCGGCUCAGAUUCGUUCCUCGUUGAAUGGAUCUACGCUCGAAUUCGACUCUUUCAGAAAAACGUUUCACCGACAGUAUGGAGGCAGCGGCGACGAGUUUAAGCGCAGGCUGCUGAGUUUUCAGGAAGCUGCUGUGCGUCACACACACUUGAACUCAUUUUCCACAGAACCGCAGUCCGCCACUUACGGCAUCAACCAGUUCUCCGACCUGUCUCAGGAGGAAUUCAGGGAUAUAUAUUUGCAAGCGAUUGGUGUCAGAGCCCCCCCCUUCUCUGGACUGCCGACGGAGGGGCUCCCAGCCAGAUUUGACUGGAGAGACAAAGCGGUUGUGGCACCGGUCCAGGACCAGCUAGCAUGCAGCAGCUGUUGGGCCUUCAGCGUGGUGGGUGCUGUGCAGUCUGCUCGUGCUGUGGGGGGGUCACCGCUGCAGCAGCUCAGCGUGCAGCAGCUCCUGGACUGUUCCUUCACCAACAAAGGCUGUGGUGGAGGCUCCCCCACCGCCGCUCUGAGCUGGCUUCAACAGACCAGAGAGAAGCUGGUGUCUGCAGGAGACUAUCCGUACCAGGCCGAGGCGCGGAUCUGCCGUUUCUUCUCCCAGACACACCACGGCGUUGCUGUGAAGAACUUUACUGUCCAUAACUUCAGAGGUCAGGAGCCGGCCAUGAUGGCUCAGCUCGUAGAGCGCGGGCCUCUGGUGGCUGUUGUGGAUGCUGUCAGCUGGCAGGAUUACCUGGGAGGCAUCAUCCAGCACCACUGCUCCAGCCAGUGGCCCAACCACGCCGUUUUAGUGGUGGGAUAUGACACUUCAGGAGAAGUUCCAUACUGGAUCGUGCAGAACUCCUAGGGAACUGCAUGGGGGAACGAGGGCUAUGUUUACAUAAAAAUGGGUGGAGACCUUUGUGGUAUCGCAGACGGCGUGGCCGCCGUCUCUGUCUGACAGCUGUGUGUUAAUAAUUACCCCGCUGCGACCUUGUGUGAGCCGGCACGCGGAGGCGUUUAGUUGUCUGAAAACAGCCUUCACCUCUGCUGCUCAUCACCUUUACUGUACACAUUAUGCAUUACAUUAAAUACAGUUAUGAACAGGACUGAGAUUUACAUUUGUACACAAGGAUUGCAUUAAUCACAGCAUAAAUACAUAAAAUGAUUAUUUAUAGAAUACUAUACAGAAUAUGUAUAUAUUUUGUUUAAGAAACUUGUGUUUUUUUUCCACAUUGCAAUAAAACAAAUGAAUUCA